CUCACUCUGGAGUCAAACGGGCUGGGUGUAAAUCCCUCAGCGUACCCUGCCCUAGCUGUGUCUCCUCAGGCAAUUCACUGGACCUCUCUGCCCCACCAUGACCACCUGGGCUCUCCUGCUCCUUGUCUCUGUGCUCCUGGACACUCCAGGUCUUUCUUCCUCUGAGCACUAUGAUCAAGCACGAAGCGACCCAUGUGACGGAGAUCCAUUCUGCCAGAAUCUGAUGCAGGAGGACCUCCAGGAUGAGCUGCUGACCAAAAGUGAGGGGCUGCGCAUCACCUGUGGGCUCUGUAAAAGGAUCAUCCAUACGUUGAAGUCACUGGUGGGAUCGCAGCUAAAUGAGUACACCAUCGCGCAGGCUGCAACCCAUGUGUGCGGCAAGAUGGGACUAUUGAGAAUUCCCUGCAGUUACAUCAUGAAAAGUUCUCUCCGUAUCAUCUCGGAGGACCUCAUAGAAGGCAAAGAUGCCCGUGACAUCUGUGUGGACCUAAAAAUGUGCAGAUCUCGUGCAGGUCCCAUGUGAGCCUCCACCUUGGGGAAGACCAUGGAAAUUCCAGCAACCUCUGCCAGCUCCUUCCUUCCUAAAGCCAGAUUCUACCCUCCAGUUCCUCUCACCUAACUCCCACUACUGACCUUGCCCUCUCAGGAGAAUAAAAUGUCAU